AUGACUCGACAUUACUUACCUGAUCAAUGGAAGGCACAAGAAAGGGCUUAUAACUGUGUCUUGGCAUGGUUAGGGGAUGAAUUGGCUAUGUGCCCCACUCUCAAUUUCAAGGGUGCUUUCUUCAUUGUCACCAUUAAAGAAGGGGAUAGUGAGAUUGUUCAUAUUGACUGGAGUGACAGUAGGAAAAGCAUGACAUGGGUUUUCACCAUGGGGGAUUGGGAAGGAGCUGAAUUUGUGGCACCUCAGAUAGGUGUCAGGGUUCCUGUAAAUGCUGGCCACUUGUUCAGAGUGAUGUUGAGGAUGGUAGCCCACUUCACCACUCCCAUAAGAUUGGGAUGA